AUGGCCCCUAGGGUUCCAUUGUCAGUCUAUGGUCGACUUUCUUCUACCAGCUUUGGCAGCCGACCACUAAUCGAGGGUUUUAGGCGGCGGCGAGCAGCUUUAGGGUCCGCUGUUAACCGUGACUCGGUAAAGGAAACUAAUGAAGUGACAAUAAGGGUGGCUGAGCCCAGAUCACGGGUGAAGCUACACCCAUUGCUAAGGCUCGCCCUGUUGAGAUCGCGUGGUAUAUCGCAAUUGAAUGACGUACAAGAAUCGUCAUUUAUGUCGAUACUGAGUGGUAAAGACGUGACUAUCCAUGCCCCUAUAGGCUCAGGAAAGACACUUGCCUAUCUGCUACCGAUCGUUAAUAACAUUUACAACAUCCAUGAUCUGCUGGAAGAUCUUCAGUUGCGUAGUGGUGAUUUAGCGUCUCGAAGGGGCGAGGAUACCAUCCGGCGUAAUGCAUUGGGUUACAGUAGGCGUGUUCCACAUGCCCUGCUACCGCGGUCGAUGUCUGACUUGUGUCAAGACUCUGCCGAACUUGCAUCGUCAGCGACUAAGGCACUGGAAUCGCAUAGUACCACAGAGAAACUAGUGGACACUUUGUAUAAAGUUGACCCUAGACAUCUUAAACGUCUAUCUAAAGGGUUACCAUUGAUUUCACGAAGCCUUUGGGGACGCCGCUCUCGGAAUUCAAUAUUUAGAGCAUUGCUCACCAAUCCACUCGGAUCUGUAAGAUGCUGCGUAAUAGUAGUGCCUAAUAAGGAUCUGGUAUCCCAAGUUAUAUCGGAGAUAUCAGCCAUCGACCCCUUAGGGAGGCUCUCAGUACAGACGCUGGCGCAGGUACAUCGAAUACCCCCUCCAACCACGGAUGCCGAGAGUCCUAAUCCGAGUAUGGUAUACGACGAUCAACCGUUUUACCCAACACCACAUACGCUACAUUAUUUGGCGUCUGGGCCACAGAAGAUCCACCUGAGCCUGGAGGACGAACGGGAGAUGGUCCAAAGGAUUCCCACAGUCAAUGUUUCAGAGAGCACUGUGGAAACUGUGCCCGUGAAUAUGGGUCCUCAACAUGGCAGAGUAAUGCGUGUGCGAACUGCCGCGGCUUUGUCAGUCCCUCCAGAAACAUAUGCGGUGGACGGUUUACUGCCCCGUAGCAUCGAGUUCAUGAGGCGCCCAGUGAUGACUCACCCAGUUAUCCAGUAUGUUAUUUUUGUGGUUGUCAUAUCUUUUUUCAGGUACGGGAGCUGUGACAUUGUUGUUACUACGCCGAAAAUGUUCCUAAAUGAUCUACUGUCCUCUCAUCGGCAGGGUGUGGUUCCAGCUUGCGUCGUGUUCGAUGAGGCCGACACUCUUUUUGAGAACAACGCUAGUCGCAGCGCCAUGAUGGAAUUAUGUUCGAUGCUUCGUCCUAGACCACGUACGUAUCAUCCUUUGCUACAACGUAGGAGACCACGACCUAGAGCUCUACCACCGUGUCAGUUCAUUCAUGUAGCAUCUACGUUGAAUUACGGUGGGAUGCAAACGGCAGGGUCUAUGUUGUAUGAACGGUUCACAACAAGCUCGGUUGUUUCAACAUCGUUGAACCAUUAUCUUGCAUCAUGUAAGAUGCGUUUUCUAUCGGUGGAAAGUGCAUUCGAGUCUAAGUUAAGGCAGCUUAUGGAGACCCUCAUCGAUAAUCCAUUUCCCAAAACUAUGAUAUUCGUAGACAAUUUGGCGGGGGUGCGUGAGGUUAGUACUCUGCUUCGUGAUAGAGAUUGGCCGGUGCUAUCGUUUCAUAGCCGUUCUAGUCUGGCAACCCGUUUGGCGAUGUUGGAUACGUAUCGCUCGGAAGAGAUCGCGAUAUUGGUAUGCACUGACCUAAUUACUCGUGGUAUAAAUAUCCCGGCUGAUCAUAUUAUCAAUUUUAGUUUCCCACGGGAUGCAGCUACCUUUGUGCAUCGUGUGAAAGGGAAGCCUUCGCUAAUAACUAACUUUGUGGAACCUGGAAAUCAAGCACUUGCAUCGGAACUCUACCGUGCAUAUAUAUCGCAUCGACCUGUGAAUCGCCUACUAUCUCGCAAGCGCAGCUUCGGCAAAAGGCAGAGCCUGGUAGUUAGUGGAGAAGAGGGAUCUCACAAUAAACCACGCAAUAGCAUAUCACGGGUCGAGUCCACCUCGGAUACCGUGUCCCAUGUUGAUCGCGAUGAAAACACGACACGUAACACCAUCGACAGAUUGGGAAUAGAAAGUAUAGGCGGCGUGAAGUAUCGUCGCCGUAGUGCUAAAAGUCGCGGUAUAGAAUUUUAUAACAAUUUUAAUGCUUUUUCUUAG